AUGGAUGUGGUAUGUCAGAAACAUAUCAAAGAACGGGAAGAACUGGAGCAUUAUCAAAAGAAACUUUUAGAAGAGAAAGAUGCAGUUGUUAAAGACAAAGAUGAUACAAAUCAGAGUCUGCAGUCUGAGAAGGAGCUGCUUCUUAAAAGCACAGAAGAGCUGCAGGAGAGUUUAGACAAUACAGUUAGUGAAAACCAAGCGUUAAAAGUGAGAAUGGAAGAGAUGCAAACAGAACUCGAGACUGAACAUAAAGAACUUAAAAAAGCGAUGAAAAGCAAUCUGGAGUUGAAGGAUUCCCUUGCUAGUCUCUCUCAUCUUCUUGAGGAAAUUAAAGCCUCAAGAGAGAUAUCCAAGUCUGAAUGUAUUCAGUUACUUCAAGAGAAAGAGGCUCUUUCUUCAACAGGACGAAGGCUUUUGGCUGAAAAGGAGGAACUUUUAAAUGAAAAUAAGGCAAUUGCUGAAAAGCUUUCUAAAGCCACAGCAGAUGCCAUACUUGCUGAGAAAGUCUUUACUGAGAAAAUAACCGAACUGAACUUAGAAAAGGAAUCUGUUUUCGGUAAGUCGUUGCAAUUUGAAAAGCACAAUGAAGCUCUUCUUCAAGAGAAGAAUGAAUUGGAGAACAAAUACUCAGAGCUUCUUGAGGAAAACAAGUCUUUUGUAAAUGAAAUUUCUGAUAUGAAGAGAGAACAUGAACUGGAUGUCUCAGCCAAGAGAGCUCUGGCCCAAGAGAAUACCAUGCUCCAAGAUUCCAUUGAAGCCCUCAAGAAAGAACUAAGUAAGAAAACUCUAGAAAAUCAAGAGCUAAUAGCCUGUAAAUGUGACCUUUCAGAUCUUCUGAAAGAGGCCCAGGGUGCCAAAAGAACGUUAGAAAAUGAACUGGCUGCUGUAUCACAUGCCCAGCAGGUUCUGUCGUCUUCAUUCAAGACCUGUUCCUCUGAUAGGGAAACGCUGACCAGAGAGAGGACUGAAUUGCAAGAUAAGUGUCAGAAAUUAAAGGGAGAGGUCGAGAUUAUGAAAGGAAACUUAACCACGGAACAGGAAGCUAGAAAACUGGACAAGGAAUCAUUUUCAUUGGAACGUGUGGAACUUGAAAGCAACAUCAACUUCUUAGAGAAGGAGAUAGAAGAGCUGAGAGCAAAAAACAAAGAAUUGCUGACUGAGAAAGAACUUUUAGUUCAGGGGAAAGAAAAAUCUGAAACUAAACUGGCGGAAAUAAUUAAAGAAAAAGAAACCCUCUGUGCAGAGACAGAGCAGCUCGCUUCCAGUAUCGAACGACUGCAGAGUGACUUUGUUUCCUUGUCUAAAUCAAAAGCAGAGCUCCAGGACCUGCACAGCUCUGUCUCUGAGAGGCUAGAUGAUCUUCGACACAGGCAUGAGGUGACGGAGAAGGAGAGAAUACAGUUGCUUCAGGAAAAUGACAGCCUACUUGCUGAACAGAAGAGUCUGGUCACCAUUAAGGAAGAAAUACUGAAAGAGAAGGAGAAAUUCUCCAAGGAUUAUUAUAAACUGCACGAGGAAGUAGCACUUUUAGAACAAACUAAUAGUGACCUCUCAGGCAAACUGCUGGUCUCUCAGGGCAAAAAUCAGAUGCUGCAGGAGGAGAUGAACAAUCUGGCUUUGAAACUAAAAGAAAUUGAGACUCUCCAGGCCCAAACAGUAGCGCAAAAAAUGGAGAGUAGUCUGUUGGAAGUGAAUAUCUGUUGA